CUAAGAAAGCGGUAGAGAGCGGUGUCUGUCUGCUACCAAUGCUGAACAAAACCUUCUGUUUAUAAAUCUAUAAUUUGUUGACAUACGAAAUUACUCACAUCUUCAUUGCCAGUCGUAUUAAGUCAUUCAUAGAACUGAUGUCACGAACAAUGUACGAUGUCAGAAAUAUAUUUCAGAAGAUCGCUUCCCGGAAAUGGACUUUUUAAAUGUUGAUAAGGACAGAACAAAGAUAUAAUGGAUCGUGGCAAAGCAGGAAUUGGUAGGGGUGCAAAGAGUAAAAUUGCUCAACAUCCUUCGGAUUUAUUUGCUCUUGGAUCUAAAGGAUCUCGCAAUGAAACCUCGGACACUAAAAGACCAGGGGUUAUUCACUCUAAACCAAGCACUAGUUCUUCUACUUCUGGUAAUGAUAGGAAGAAAGAAGCACCAUCAGGAUCACUUCAAUCAUUUCAAUACAUUCCACCAAAGAAACAGAAGCUAGCAACUCAUGCUUCCCAUCCGAGACCACCAUUCUCAAGUGCGGAAGCUUGGGAACUGGUAGCAAUAGACAGUGAUCCUGCAGAUUUUGUUCCAAUGGUCUUAGAAGCUAAUGACAAUGAUGAAGGUGACAAAGUUAUAGGUAUCAUUUGUGGUGCCAUAAAAGCUCUUAAAAACCAGAAAUGGAAACCAGACACAUUGAUCUACAUGGGAUUAUUGUAUCUAGCAAAAAUUCGCGCAUCUAUUUUUUCACACGAUUGUAUAUUACACGCGCUAUCAUCUUUACUGAAACGAGACCAAGCACACAAUUAUAAAUCCAAAGGAAACCCAUUGGUUCCUGUACUUGCUGCGAACUUGUUAAUGAAGGGAUUUCAUGAUAAGAAAAAUUGGCCAGAAAUUUUCGUUAAGCUGUAUAUUGAGGAUGCUCUUGGGGAGAGAGUGUGGAUCGAUCACGAAGAAUGCAAGGGUUUUGUAGAUAAUAUUUUAACAGGAUUUAACACGCGACAUCCACCAAAAAGUGUUUUACAACCGGAACUGUCUGUCUUAACACCGCGCGAUUGUCACAGUCCUUCUACAAUAGACGACGAAGAUCCAAAUUCCUCGUCAGCGCAAUUUUCUGGCGACAAGGAGAAAAUAGAUUUUCCUGUGACUCCUAGAUACACUCUUUGUAUAGAAAAUAUAGAAGUCAUUGUACUCGAAGCUAUAAAGGAACAGUUGAAUAGAAGACAACCAGAAUCAAUUACUAAAAACUUCUUGAGGCUACUGUCUUCAGCUUGUGGAUUUGUAGAAAUUCGAAAUAUAGCUGUUCCAAGAUUGGAGAUGUGGCUACAUAAUCCUAAACUGAUGAGGCCUGCUCAAGAAUUGCUAAGCUACAUUUGUUAUAAUUGCACUUCUCACACUCAGAGGGACGUGGAAGUUAUAAGUCAAUUAGUCAAAAUGAGAUUGAAAACCAAAGCUGUAAUUAAUUUGUACUUGAACGGCGUGAAGGAGUUAAUUGGUUUACAUCCGGAGAAUUUGGCAACUAUUUUGAAACAUACUAUCUAUAACGAAUUAUCCAACGCACGAAAUCCAAAUAAUAUGCCAAUGUUGGGUGUAAUGUUCCAAACAUUGCCCGAACAAUCGGCUAAACUGCUUGCAGAAAUAUUUCAAGAUUUAUUGAUGAAUCGAGAAGAUUAUUUGAGGCCUCUGCGUGCUUUGCUCAGAGAAAUAGUGCGCGUCUGUAGACACGAUAUUAAUUUAAUUACUUUCGCCCGCACACUGAUGGCCGAGAGACAGGACAUAGCACAGCAGUUGCUCAACUUCGAGUUCAAGGAACGAGUUUUCAUCUCCAUCGCGGAUCUAUUAUGCUUGUGUAUGUUGCUAGCUAUCAGUCCACAAGUGAAAGAAGCUGCAGCACUUGCACAAAGGGGCGAUAAGAAGGAUAUAGCUUUGUUACAUCAAUUUCAAAACAUGGUAGCGACGAUUCAAUUCGAAGCUGUAAUGUGGUUGCAAAAUCCGGCGCCGCAAAUGUAUGCUAUCGGUAGGAACGAGCUUCUUCACGCUUUGCAUAAAAUUUUAAUGCUUGAAUCACCAGAACAAUACUACAAAUUGGACAAUUGGCCUCCCGAGUCGGAUAGAGUGUUUUAUUUGCGACUGAUUUCUGAUGUACCGCUGUUACAAAAUACAUUAUUGAGAUUAUUAAUAAUUGGCAAUUCGAAAGAUAAUGGUAUUACUCAUUCUGAAACACUGGAUUUGGUGGAUCAACUGAUACGAAGAGCAGCAGCUAAUUCGUCUGAGAGUUUUCCAACUUUGCAAGCUGAUAAACUGGAUAUAAUUGAACUUAUUUUCAAUCUUUGUAUUUAUCAGCCUCCUGGAACCAUAAACAUACCCUCGAAUUACGUGCCACCAACACUGGCGAUAUCGAAUUUGUACUGGAAAGGAUGGAUAAUGUUAUUGGUACUGGCUGCUCACAAUCCAUCUACUAUUGGCGCUAUUGCAUGGAAGCGGUACCCCAUUUUAAGAACUCUCAUGGAAAUGUGUAUCACUAACCAUUUCUCGUAUCCUCCGCCAACAAUGGCUUUACCAGAAGUAAUAGAGCAAGAGCGUUCCAAAGAAUUACAAGUGGAAGCAAUCGAGAAGCAAGAGAUCCUCGAAUAUGAAUCUCACUUGGCAGCUGCCUCGACGAAGAUACAAAUAUCGGAGCAAAAUAGUUUGCUAUUGUCGCAGUUAAUCACCAUGGAACCGACCGGUAUCGCAAGGAGACCGCCUCCAGCAGUAUUAGAACAAAUACAGUCGUUGAACGUGUCCCAUAGAUUAGGACAUUUACUUUGCCGGUCCCGGAAACCAGAUUUCUUGUUGGACAUAAUUCAAAGACAACAGCAAAGUUCCUCCCAGAGCAUGCCUUGGUUGGCAGAUCUUGUACAAAGUAGCGAAGGUUCCCUUAGUCAAUUGCCCGUACAAUGCCUUUGUGAGUUUUUGUUGUCUACUAGCACCCAAGCAGUGGAGAAUCAACCGAGGCAACAACAAUUGUUGGCUCAUCUCCAGAUGUUGUUGACCGAUCCUGAUCAAGACCGGCAACACGCUUAUGAAGUGCUAGAAUACUUUUUAAGAAGGCUGAGCAGCCAGCAGACUAAUAGCCGGCUCCAAGCAAUCACUGGUUUAAAAAUGGUUUUAGGAUCUAUACCUACUGAAGAUGAACCCAUGGACAUCGAUGGAGAAAAUGAGAAAGAGAUUUGGCUUGUUCGCAAAUUACCAUCAAUUCCGCACUUCUUAUCAGUGCGAACCUUGGUCUCCACGGCCCUCCGUGGGGCUUGUCAAGUAGAAAACAAUCCAGAUCUUGUUCACGCAUACAUCUCGUACCUCGCAGCCCAUACCACUGACGACGAGCUACCAGAAUUAAUAGAUCUUGCUAACGAGAUAUCUCAGCUGGUAGUUGAGAGAAGUACAAUUAUAGCAGCCAUUUUGCCUCAACCAGAAUGCGACAAUCCGCAGUCUAAGCAGACUCUGCACGCCUUCAUGGCGAUCUUCUGUAAUUAUUUAGAGAAAGCUCGGUCUCCUAGAAGAGAAGAGUAUACGUGGUCAGAGAGUCAGGAUCAGAUUCUAGUACAAUGGAGCACAGGACAAGAAUGUACUAUGCACAUUCUCGUUGUGCAUGCCAUGAUCAUUCUGUUGACCUAUGAUUCAUUCGACGAUGACGUUUUAUUUAAUGUUCUCCUUGAAACUUGGUUCCCAUUGAAUGCAGAGCCCCCAAAAGCUUUCUUGGUUGAUACUAGCGAAGAAGCUUUGCUGAUACCAGAUUGGUUGAAGUUGAGAAUGAUCAGGAGCAAUGUUCCACGCCUCGUGGACGCUGCUUUGAAAGAUUUAGAGCCUCAGCAGCUGGUUCUGUUUAUUCAGAGUUUCGGAAUUCCUGUGCCUUCAAUGAGCAAGCUGCUUCACACCCUGGACGCAGGGGUGCAAAUUGAUCCCGAUUCAGUUGGGGAAGCUGUGCUUGACAAAACGUACAUGGCACAGUUAGUAGAAGUCCAACAUAGGAGAGGAGCCACUGGUGGACUGGUGUUUGUACAAGUUCUGCAAUUAAUGGAGCCUCAAUUGCCUGACGAGAAUCCGGUGACUAUAGGACAAUUGCAGGAACCCUUGCCUCCUAGCGCUAUGGUCCAGAAACAAUCUGUCAUUCAGUGUUCUGUUAAGACAGACGUUCCCCAUUUGAUCAACAGAUUGUUCAUAGAGAAUAUAUCAAUGAGCCAGAAGGUGGACGCAUAUCGUCGUUUGCAUAAAACUUUGGCAAAGGACCUGCAGAAGUCUGCUAAAGAAAGCGGCGCAGUUGUGCUAGCUAUACAACACAUAUGCAGCGUUCUAAGCUCGAUGCAAGUGAAACAGUUCUUGGCCUCACUCGUUCACAUGCCGCAAUACUCGUGCACUUUAAUGAGGAUCAUAUUGCUUCCCUUGAAAAAAUCUUCUACAUCCAAACAGGUCGUAGAACUUGCUCGCAACAUGUGUUUGAACUUGAUACAACUGAUAGGAGACGUGAAAGCGCCAGUUCUUUCUAUUCUAAGAGACUUUGCUAAUGUACAAUUGACCAAGACACCAAAGAGCAUGGAGCUAACUAUACUGAUGCAGACCCGUGACCUUGGAUCCAUUUUAGAGACAACGGAUUCCGUGAACCUGGAAGCUGUGGGACGUAAAUUGUUGGACAUUUGUUUUAAACAACAACAGACUGAUGUUCUUUUUGAAGCUAUGGCGAGGUUGUUGGUGAAUGAUAGCAAUGAGGGUGUUAGAAAGCCAAGAACAGGAUUAUUGAUUGAUUGGUUGGCUUCUGUGGAACCAGAAUUGAUUGGCACAUGUCCCAAUCUGCAAAUGAAGCUUCUUUUCGGAAAGACGAAGAUGCAAAUGAAAGUUGACAAUAAUAUAAUUAGCUCGCAUUCCUUUAGGCCCUAUUUGUUGACUUUACUUACACACAGAGCAAGCUGGGCUACCUUGCACAAAUGUGUUGGACAUUUAUUAGAUAAAUGUGACGAUGGGUACGAUCCAACGGCUGUGUUAGAUUUUCUAUGGGCUUUAACAUGCAAUCCGAAGCUGUGGCAAGGAAGAGAUAAGUUUACGCCGAAGCACUAUGUCCCUGAAGAUAUUUUGUUGCUGCACGAGAAACAGUUGUUGACGCUCGUAGCGUACAUAGUUGCAGAAGCUGUUAUUAUUUGUAAUUGCCACAGUAGAACCACUGCAUUAGCUAGGAUGGAUUCUCGUCUGGACUUAUUGUUGCACUGUAUCUCAACUGAUGACCAUUUGGUAUCCAGUGUCGUGACAUAUUUGGCUGAUAGUAUGAUGAAUGAUCCAGACGUGGAGUCUGACAUGGCACAUCAAUUCUUGUUACACAUGUAUAUGAAGAUACCAAAAGUGAUCUGUUACUUGGAUACCUUCCAAACGAAAAAGUUCGUUGAGGGCGCAAAAAUCACUGCUUGGACGGGUUCUGUGUUGGACUGCAUGAGCCAUUCUUUGGUAACAGCCUUAGCAGCAACACCAAGACAAAAAUCUUGGAACUCCAGGUCCCAGGAGUUCGAGAUGUGUGCUAGAAAAAUGGCUGCCGUUCAUCCGAUUCUAGUGUUGCGGCAGCUUCCAAUGUUAGCAUCAUCUUUAAUGGGCAGAUGUUACUUAGAUUUCGGUCAAUUCAGAUCCGGUCAUCAUUUGAAUCUUUUCACACAAAUAAUGGGCCUGCUGGAAUUAUUGCAGCCGCAUUUGUUUAGGGAAGAACAUCGGGCUGCUUUAGAAGACACGUUAGAGAAUUACUUUCAGUGCUUCCAGAAUUAUGGACCCAUAAAAGAGAUCAUACCACUCUUGAACAGAUUCAUCACAUUACUGCAGUCAUACAUCUCUUACGAUCCUCAAAGAGCAUUGAAGUACUUGCAGAAGCAUGCUCAGCCUCUUCAUGAAUUACAGGUACACUAUCCAAAUCUAGUUACACUUCGUACACUUGUAUCAGGCAUCCCAGUGCCAAGAGAAGGAGAAGAUCUCGAGGAAGUUUUAAUCACUGUACCUCCUACACCACCACCAGCAGAAACUAUUAUUCCCCAGCAUUGGUCCUCGUUGCUGACUACUCUGAGCAAGCUGCAUGGAGAUGACGUGUUCAAUGCUCUUCAGGAAAUAGAGCAUUUAUCUUCUCGAAAACCUUCAGUUCUGGAACCGAUAACGGAUAAUAUAACUGAAUUACUGGUGUCUCCUCAGGGUAACAUAAGGACUCUUGCUCACACUUUACUGGCAAGAGCACUGAAAUAUCGUCCAACAACAAAUGCAAACAUAUUAUCCGCCUUCCAGAGAUGUUUGGACAGUCCUAGAGCUGAUGUGUUAAUGUCAGCUCUGGAAAAGUUGCCAGACAUUGUGCUCUGUAUGCAAGAACACGCUCUACCAUUAAUGCAGAAAGUGUUUGAAUUAGGAGUGAAUUCAAAUGUGAAUACUACACCAUAUAUAAAUAAAACCAUUGCUCUGUUGAAUACACAGCAAGGUUGUUAGUAUCAUGAAAAUUGUAAUUUUUAUAUUGUAUAAAAUAAAGCUAAUAAUUUUUAAUAAAA